AUGUCGUUCGGAGGGCAAACACCCACGAUCAUUGUCCUCAAAGAGGGCACCGAUACCUCCCAGGGCAAGGGCCAGAUCGUGUCCAACAUCAACGCCUGUCUCGCCGUCCAGGCCACCAUCAAGUCCACCCUCGGCCCCUAUGGCGGCGACCUGCUCAUGGUCGACGCCAACGGCCGCCAGACCAUUACCAACGACGGCGCCACCGUCAUGAAGCUGCUCGACAUUGUCCACCCGGCCGCGCGCAUUCUGGUGGACAUUGCCCGGUCACAAGACGCCGAGGUCGGCGACGGCACGACGUCCGUGGUCGUGCUGGCCGGCGAGAUCCUCAAGGAGGUCAAGGAGCACGUCGAGCAGGGCGUCAGCUCGCAGGUCAUCAUCAAGGGCCUGCGGAGGGCCUGCACCAUGGCCGUCAACAAGAUCAAGGAGAUUGCCGUCAACACCGACGAGGCCAACCGCCGCGAGACUCUGAGCAAGCUGGCCGCGACCGCCAUGACGAGCAAGCUCAUUAAGCGCAACACUGAGUUUUUCACCAAGAUGGUCGUUGACGCCGUGCUGUCCCUCGACCAGGACGAUCUCGACGAAAAGUUAAUAGGCAUCAAGAAGAUCCCCGGCGGCUCGCUGACCGACUCGCUCUUUGUCGACGGUGUCGCCUUCAAGAAGACCUUUAGCUAUGCCGGCUUCGAGCAGCAGCCCAAGUCCUUUGUCAAGCCCAAGAUUGUCUGCCUGAACGUCGAGCUCGAGCUCAAGGCCGAAAAGGACAACGCCGAGGUCCGCGUUGAGCAGGUCUCCGAGUACCAGGCCAUUGUCGACGCCGAGUGGCAAAUCAUCUACCGCAAGCUCGAGGCCGUCUACCAGACCGGCGCCAAGGUCGUCCUCUCCAAGCUGCCCAUUGGCGACCUCGCCACCCAGUACUUUGCCGACCGCGACGUCUUUUGCGCCGGCCGCGUCGCCGCCGACGACAUGGAGCGCGUCGUGCAGGCCACCGGCGCCACCGUCCAGUCCACCUGCUCCGACAUCCUGCCCGAGCACCUCGGCACCUGCGGCGUCUUUGAGGAGCGCCAGAUUGGCGGCGAGCGCUUCAACCUGUUUGCCGACUGCCCCGAGGCCCGCACCUGCACCCUGGUCCUGCGCGGCGGCGCCGAGCAGUUCAUCGCCGAGGUCGAGCGCUCCCUGCACGACGCCAUCAUGAUUGUCAAGCGCGCCAUUCGCAACCGCAGCAUCGUCGGCGGCGGCGGCGCCUGCGAGAUGGAGGUCUCGGCCUACCUGCACCAGUUCGCCGACAAGAACGUGCCCCACAAGCAGCAGGCCAUCAUCAAGAGCUUCGCCAAGGCCAUGGAGGUCAUCCCUCGCCAGCUCUGCGACAAUGCCGGCUUCGACGCCACCGACAUCCUCAACACCCUGCGCGUCGAGCACCGCCACCGCGGCCACACCUGGGCCGGCGUCGAUUUCGUCCACGAGGGCGUCGCCGACAUGAUGGAGCGCUUUGUCUGGGAGCCCGCCCUCGUCAAGAUCAACGCCCUGCAGGCCGCCACCGAGGCGAGCUGCCUGAUCCUGAGCGUCGACGAGACCAUCCGCAACGAGGAGAGCGCCCAGCCACAGGCACCCGGCCGGGCGCUGCCGCCGGGCGCGGCGCAGCGGGCGCUCCGGGGCCGUGGCCGGGGCAUGCCGAUGCGGUAA